CGGCUGGUCGGUGCAGAUCGACAUCGCGGACAAGUCGCCGGAUUCACCGCGUCUGGAGGCCGUCUACCUCAAGAUGAAUUCGGGCCUGCUGGAGAUCCGUUCCGACGGGCGAGUGUACCUGGACGACACGGCACUCGCGCUGCCCCACACCUCAGAUGCACUGAAGAUCUAUGCGCAGACGACCACCUACAUUCAGGUGUUCACCAUCGUCGGCCUCAAGAUGCAGGUGCAGCUGGCACCUCUCAUGCAGCUCUACCUCACCGUGCCCACGUCCAUGCAGGGGCAGACUCAAGGGCUGUGCGGCAGCUACAACGCGGAGAAGGCGGACGACCUGCGCACAGCCACAGGCAUCGUGGAGAGCGUGGCGCCACAGUUCGUGGCAGCGUGGAGCAGCAAGCCGCUGGAGGCCGUCAUCGCCGCCGACGCCGGCUCCGUCUGCCGCUACGAGGAUCUGUCGAAGAACUGCGAGCUGAUUGGUCCACCCACUUUCCUCAAGUGCAAGGACGUAGUGGACCCCUUACCGUACUAUCAGAACUGCAAACACGACUCGUGCCACUGCGGACAGGACUGCUUCUGUGCGUCAGUGUCGGCGUACGCGCACGCCUGCGCGCUACGAGGAGUGCUCAUCGCCAAUUGGAACCCAGCGAUCUGCGCGUCCAAGUGCCCUGCCGGUCAGGUGUUCGUUGAUUCGGCCAGCCCCUGUGAGGCCACGUGCCGAGGCGUGGCCGAGCCCUCGUUGUGCGAGGGAGAGGAGCCAGCCUCUGGCUGCCAAUGCGCUGCGGGAACUCUGCUCGACAGCGCCUCGCAGUGCGUGGCGCCCGAACUGUGCCCCUGCUACGUGGGCAACCGCGUCGUGAUCAACGGGCAGAGCUACAGCGUUGACGGGCGCGCGUGCGUUUGCAAGGCGGGCAAAAUCACCUGCGAAUCGUCAGACCAAGGAGUUGAGGGCUGCGUCUCGCCCAAGGUCUACGCCAACUGCUCAAAGCUGGCGGACGGGGACCUCGGCGUGGCCUGCCAGGCCAGCUGUCGCAGCGCCGGCGCGUGCGUGGUGCAAGACGCAUGUCCCUGCGUGCACAACGGCGUCACGUACCGCAAGGGCGAGGUGGCCACGGUGGACUGCAACAAGUGCACGUGCAACGGAGGCGUGUGGAGCUGCACGAACGCCACGUGCCCCGGCAUGUGCAAGAUGUACGGCGACGGCCACUUCAUCACCUACGACGGGCGCCGAUUCAUCUUCGACGGGAAGUGCGACUACGCCAUCACGCAGGACUACUGCGGUGGAGCGUCGGGUGCAGGAACCUUCCAGAUCAUCACCGACAACGAAGACUGCGGCACCACGGGGGUCUCCUGCUCCAAGUCCGUGCGCCUAUUCGUCAAGGCGUACAACGUGGAGGUGCGCAUGAAGGACGGCGCCGUGCAGGUGCUGCCCGUAAGCGGCGCGGCUUUGCCGGACGUCGGCGCGCUCAGCGUCCACUCGGUGGGGCUCUACCGCAUCGUGCAGACGGACAUCGGCGUCAUGGUCAUGUGGGACCGGCACACGAGCAUCUUCGUCAAACUCGACGCGAGCUACAAGGGCAAGGUGUGCGGCCUCUGCGGCAACUUCAACGGCGACGUGAGCGACGACUUCCGCACGGCCGACGGCACAACGGUGGCGAGCGCCGUGGCGUUCGGCAACAGCUGGAAGAUGAAGGAGAGCUGCGCCGCCGUCGAAGCCGAGGCGCGGCCAUGCGAGCGCAACCCCUACCGCCUCGUGUGGGCCCAGCGCAAGUGCAACAUCAUCAACAGCGACGUCUUCCAGGACUGCCACGACCAGGUGUACCACGUGCCGUACUUCGACGCGUGCGUGCGCGACUCGUGCGCGUGCGACACGGGCGGCGAUUGCGAGUGCUUCUGCACGGCAGUGGCCGCGUACGCGCAGGCCUGCAACGAGGCGGGCGUGUGCGUCAAGUGGAGAACCCCCGAGCGAUGCCCCGUGUUCUGUGACUACUACAACAAGGACGACAGCGACUGCACGUGGCACUACAGCGCCUGCGGCACCCUGCCGCUCACCUGCCGCAAGCAGCAGCAGCCCGGCGGAUUCGCGCUACCUCGCAUGGAAGGCUGCUAUCCACGUUGCCCCUCUGCCGCCCCGUACCUGGACGAGAACAGCAUGAGGUGCGUGGCUCUCUCGGCAUGCAGCUGCUACCUGGGCGACGAGGUCGUGCCGGCCGGCGGCCAGAUCGUCAUCUCUGACUCGUGCCAAGUGUGCAACUGCAAGGAUGGGCAGCUGACAUGCACGGAAGCAGUGGGCUGCUGCGUCGGAGGCAAGGUGUACGUGGCGGGCAGUGUGAUCUCGAAGGAGACGGACGCCGUGGGGCUGUGCACCUUCACCAAGACGUGCAUGGCGUCGGGCGCGGUGAAGGACUCCAGCGAGUGCAAGGCCAUCACUUCGGCCGCGCCCACCACCACCGCGGGGACAAAGGCGCCGCUGCCGCCGCUGCCGCUGCUGCCGACAAAGCAGGUCGUCGUGGCGACCACGGAGGGCCCGGUCACGACAGUGACCGUGCUGAGGUCGACGGCGCAGUUGCUGACGGAAGCGCCGGUGGAGCAGGUGACGCAGAAGGUGGUGGAGAAUACGAGCAAGCAAAACGGAGACUACGAAACGUUCGACAACAUCAGGCAGAAUGGCCAGGCCAUCUGCACGAUGGGCGACCGAGUGGAGGCCAUCGACUGCAAGGCAAUGCGCUUCCCCAACGUGGCGUGGCAAGAUCUGGGACAGAAGAUCAGGUGUGAUGGGCAAGUGGGUCUCAUCUGCAACAACGCGGAGCAAUCCACGUCCAUGUGCUACGACUACAAGAUCCGAGUGUGCUGCGUCACAACCACGGCCGCAGCGGUCCCCUGCAUGGGAACGUGGUCUGAGUGGUACAACGUGGACUACCCACAAACGAGCAAGCAAAACGGAGACUACGAAACGUUCGACAACAUCAGGCAGAAUGGCCAGGCCAUCUGCGCGAUGGGUGACCGAGUGGAGGCCAUCGACUGCAAGGCAAUGCGCUUCCCCAAUGUGGCGUGGCAAGAUCUGGGACAGAAGAUCAGGUGUGAUGGGCAAGUGGGUCUCAUCUGCAACAACGCGGAGCAAUCCACGUCCAUGUGCUACGACUACAAGAUCCGAUGGUACAACGUGGACAACCCGCAAACGAGCAAGCAAAACGGAGACUACGAAACGUUCGACAACAUCAGGCAGAAUGGCCAGGCCAUCUGCACGAUGGGCGACCGAGUGGAGGCCAUCGACUGCAAGGCAAUGCGCUUCCCCAACGUGGCGUGGCAAGAUCUGGGACAGAAGAUCAGGUGUGAUGGGCAAGUGGGUCUCAUCUGCAACAACGCGGAGCAAUCCACGUCCAUGUGCUACGACUACAAGAUCCGAGUGUGCUGCGGCCAGGAGAUCGCAACAACAACACUUGCUCCGGUGGUGACCACCAAGUGGUACAACGUGGACUACCCGCAAACGAGCAAGCAAAACGGAGACUACGAAACGUUCGACAACAUCAGGCAGAAUGGCCAGGCCAUCUGCGCGAUGGGUGACCGAGUGGAGGCCAUCGACUGCAAGGCAAUGCGCUUCCCCAACGUGGCGUGGCAAGAUCUGGGACAGAAGAUCAGGUGUGAUGGGCAAGUGGGUCUCAUCUGCAACAACGCGGAGCAAUCCACGUCCAUGUGCUACGACUACAAGAUCCGAGUGUGCUGCGGCCAGGAGAUCGCAACAACAACACUUGCUCCGGUGGUGACCACCAAGUGGUACAACGUGGACUACCCGCAAACGAGCAAGCAAAACGGAGACUACGAAACGUUCGACAACAUCAGGCAGAAUGGCCAGGCCAUCUGCGCGAUGGGCGACCGAGUGGAGGCCAUCGACUGCAAGGCAAUGCGCUUCCCCAAUGUGGCGUGGCAAGAUCUGGGACAGAAGAUCAGGUGUGAUGGGCAAGUGGGUCUCAUCUGCAACAACGCGGAGCAAUCCACGUCCAUGUGCUACGACUACAAGAUCCGAGUGUGCUGCAGCCAGGAGAUCGCAACAACAACACUUGCUCCGGUGGUGACCACCAAGUGGUACAACGUGGACUACCCGCAAACGAGCAAGCAAAACGGAGACUACGAAACGUUCGACAACAUCAGGCAGAAUGGCCAGGCCAUCUGCGCGAUGGGUGACCGAGUGGAGGCCAUCGACUGCAAGGCAAUGCGCUUCCCCAACGUGGCGUGGCAAGAUCUGGGACAGAAGAUCAGGUGUGAUGGGCAAGUGGGUCUCAUCUGCAACAACGCGGAGCAAUCCACGUCCAUGUGCUACGACUACAAGAUCCGAGUGUGCUGCGGCCAGGAGAUCGCAACAACAACACUUGCUCCGGUGGUGACCACCAAGUGGUACAACGUGGACUACCCGCAAACGAGCCAGCAAAACGGAGACUACGAAACGUUCGACAACAUCAGGCAGAAUGGCCAGGCCAUCUGCCCGAUGGGCAACCGAGUGGAGGCCAUCGACUGCAAGGCAAUGCGCUUCCCCAACGUGGCGUGGCAAGAUCUGGGACAGAAGAUCAGGUGUGAUGGGCAAGUGGGACUCAUCUGCAACAACGCGGAGCAAUCCAUGUCCAUGUGCUACGACUACAAGAUCCGAUGGUUCGACGUCUCCAACCCAAGCCUAGACAACAACGGCGACGACGAGAGCUACGCCGCCAUCCGUGCCACCGGUUUGGAGGUCUGCCCCGGCAGGCAGACACCGAUAAACAUCCAAUGCCGUGCCGACAAAUUCCCCGGCGUUCCCAUUGACCAACUCGGCCAGGUGGUGUCGUGCGACAGCGGCAGCGGCCUCGUCUGCCUCAACGGCGACCAGAGCGGCGACUUGCAGCUGUGCUACAACUACCGCGUCCGGGUGUGCUGCGGCCUCGUCGCCACCGUUCCCACUGCGAUGACUGCCGCCACCACUGUGGCUGUGGUCCCGACGACGCUGCUCGCCACCACAGCCGCCACCACAGCCGUCGUUACAAGGCCGUGCCUGUGCGAGAUCUCACAGGGAGUCACCGUCGCUUCAGGCGACGUGGUCUACAACACAACGGACGGGCUGGGCGGCUGCCGUGUUGCCGUGUGCCUGCCCGACUGCUCCGGAAUCUCGGCCACAUCAGGCCCAUGCCAGACCACCACCGCCUUUGUCACCGGGGUGGUCACCACCACGGUCGCCACCACCUUUAACACCAUCGGCGCCUCGACCACGACCAUGGGGCCGGUGCCCAUGCCACUCACGCGAGACCUCCCGGUUUUCACGUUCCCAACGGAGGUCCCCACAACGGAGACGCGGGCCUCCACGAUGGGGGUCAGGACGACCGUCAAGGCGCUGCCCACGACGACGGCGACGACAACGCCCGUCCGGACUACGGCCGCUCCCAUCCAGACGACGGCCGGUCCCGUCCAGACGACGACCGCUGCGUUUGCUACAACGGCAGCAACAACGGCAGCACCAACAACAGCCGGCCCAGUGCAGACGACAGCUGGCCCAGUGCAGACAACAGCUGCCUCAGGACAAACUACGGUGGCAACGACAAUUGCCGUCACGGCGAUCCCAACGACCGCUGCCCCGGUGACGACAACAGUCGCCGAACGGCAGACAACAUCCGCCACGACGGCUGUGCAGACGACAGCGGCUGAGCUCGAAGCGACGUCCUCAGCGGUUACGACAACGGCCGGGCCGGUCCGCACGACAGCGGCCCCGGUCCGCACGACAGCGGCGCCGGUCGCGACCACCGAAGGCAGAAUUCAGUCGACUGGUGCCCAAACCGUGGGCGCCGGGCAGACCACGGCGCCACAAGUGCCGACGGUUCUUCCGCCGACGAUACCGCCCAACAACUGCCACCAGCUCAACCCUCCGCGCAAGCUGGGCGAGCAGUGGAACGAGAACGACUGCAUGCUGGCGACGUGCAUGGGCGACGGCUCGCAGGUCUCAAUGACUAAGCGGCCGUGCGUAGUGCCCACACCACCCGCCUGCGAGUCGGGCCGCCCCUCGCGACGCGUCACCGACCCCGACGGCUGCUGCUACCACUGGGAGUGCGACUGCAUCUGCACGGGCUUCGGCGACACGCACAUGCAGACCUUCGACGGCGCGCGCUUCUCCUCACCGGGCAACUGUUCGUACAUCCUCGUGGAGGAGCGGCAGAAGCUCCACGACUUCACCAUCGUCGCCGACAACUUCGACUGCGUCUCGACGCCGCUGGCCUCCUCGUGCACGCGAGGCCUCGUCAUCUCCUACCAGGGCAACGUCCUGCGCGCCACCAUGACUUCCAGCGGCAAUCCCAGCGAGCGCAAGUUCAUGUUGAACGGGAAGACCAAGAAGGCGCCCUUCAACGAGCGCGGCUUCCAGGUGUCCACCGUCAAGACCGACGACAUCAUCUUCAUCAAGGACCUGCGCGUCCGCGUGCAGUUCAACGGCCUCGGCUUCCUCAUCGACCUGCCACGAGAUAUCUUCUGGGACAACACGCAGGGACAGUGCGGCACGUGCAACAACAUGCGCAAGGACGACUGCAUGGGCCGCGACGAAAUUCCGCGGGCGGCCGAGUGCUGCGCCGUGGUGGCGGGCGACUGGAUGACGGACGACCCGGACAAGCCGCAAUGCAUGCGCGUGCUGCUGCCCGCAAAGCUGAGCUGCGCCGGCGGCGCCACGCAGGCAACGACGUGCGCCGGAGCCGACGAGUGCAACGCGCUCAUCCUGCAGACGUUCCAGUCAUGCUCCGCUGUGGUAGACCUGUCGGGCUACUUGGAGGGCUGCAAGAGCGACCACUGCAAGCCACGCACAGAGGCCCUGGACUGCGCCGGGGCCCAGCUCGCCGCGGCCGAGUGCGGCCGCGCCGGAGUGUGCGUCAACUGGCGCCCGCUCGUCCCCGACAAGUGCCCGUUUACAUGCCCUGGGAACAUGGUGUACAAGUACUGCGAGACAAAGGCUACACCUGUGUGUGGCCUGGACAGAAUCGAUGCAUCGAACCUGUGGAAGGGAGAGGGCUGCUACUGCGGGGACGGACAGCAGCUGCUGCAGGCCGGAUCCUCCACCUGCGUGACCACGUGUCCAGAGUGUUGGUCAGACAGCGGUGAACCGAAAUACGUCGGGGACCAAUGGAAGGAGGGCUGCGAACAGUGCGAGUGCCUGGAGGGAGGCAACGUGGAGCGCACGGCGCUGCCCUGCAAGCUGCCCACUAUCACCUGCCCCAUCGGGGUCAACCUGGUCCCAGCGCCCACCCCCAUCACGGAGGACAUCAUUACCACCACAUGCUGCCCCCGCGUGGAGUGCGCUGCCUGCAGACACAGCGGCUCCGUCUAUCAGGUCGGCGACACGUGGACAGACAACAACGACAUGUGCCUUCGUUUCUCCUGCACCGCCGUCAGCGGCUCGGCCGCCAUCGUCGAGAAGAUGAUCACCUGCGCGCCAUUCGACUUCAGCAAGUGCAAGUCGGACCCCAUCUACGAUGACUUUGGAUGCUGUCCUCUGUCAUGUGAGAAAGACCCGGAUGCGUCCAUCACCAAGUGCGAGGUGCUGACGUCCUUGGAGAAGAUCCAGGUGGAUAGCUGCGUGUCCGACGACAUCUCCCUGAGCCACUGCAGCGGAAUGUGCCUCUCCCUUUCCCGGCUGAACUACCAUACGGGCGGCAUCGCCCACGAGUGCAAGUGUUGCCAGGAGACGGUGACAGAGCAGCGGUCCGUUCCGCUGCGGUGCACCAACGGCACCGUCCUGGAGUACUCCUACAAGUACAUCCGCGAGUGCAACUGCGAGUUCUGCCAAUGAACGCCGGCCCGCAACGA